CAGCAUUUUUUGAUUUUUUUUUUAUUUCUAUCUGUCAAUCGCCUUCGUCUUCGUGGGAGCUAUCUCAAUCGGUAUUAUAUAUUGAAAAUUUCCAAUGCAGUCGAUCUGUCAAUAGCGAUCAUGGGCACCUGCUUCUCUUCCACGAAAGUGAGUGGCUCCAACAGCAAUACCACAGCGAACGGCGCCACCGCCACCCACCACAAUCGCAAAGAGACCCCCAAGCCUCAAUCCCGCACGACCACGGUUAAAUCUCAAGCGACGAACGAGCAGCGGCCAAAAGUACCGCAUGAGAUCCGUAACGCUCUGCCGAACAAGAAUUCCCAGCAGCCCAAGCCCAAAGAUAAGCAAAAUCCGAAACGCCAGCCGUGCGGGAAACGGACCGAUUUCGGCUAUGACAAAGAUUUCGAUGCGCGUUACUCGCUCGGAAAAUUGCUGGGACAUGGUCAAUUUGGCUACACAUAUGUUGGAGUAGACCUAGCAAAGGGCGAUCGGGUGGCGGUGAAAAAAAUUGACAAGAGCAAGAUGAUUCUCCCAAUUGCCGUUGAGGAUGUUAAGCGAGAGGUCAAGAUUUUGAAAGAACUCACAGGCCAUGAGAAUGUGGUUCAGUUCUAUAAUGCUUUUGAGGACGAUUCAUAUGUAUACAUAGUUAUGGAGUUAUGCGAGGGCGGAGAACUAUUAGAUCGUAUAUUGGCCAAGAAAGACAGCCGUUAUUCAGAGAAGGAUGCGGCAGUGGUCGUAAGGCAGAUGCUCAAAGUUGCAGCCGAGUGUCAUUUACAUGGUUUGGUCCACCGGGACAUGAAACCAGAGAAUUUUCUUUUCAAAUCACCUAGAGCAGAUUCACCUUUGAAGGCUACAGAUUUUGGUUUGUCAGAUUUCAUUAAACCCGGAAAGAAGUUUCAUGAUAUUGUUGGCAGUGCUUACUAUGUUGCACCUGAAGUGUUGAAGCGUAAGUCAGGACCAGAAUCAGAUGUAUGGAGUAUUGGUGUAAUUACAUACAUAUUGCUUUGUGGGAGGCGCCCGUUUUGGGAUAAGACGGAGGAUGGUAUCUUUAAGGAGGUAUUACGUAACAAGCCUGAUUUCCGGCGGAAACCAUGGCCAUCUAUAAGUAACGCUGCGAAAGAUUUUGUGAAGAAAUUGCUCGUAAAGGAUCCUCGGGCUAGAUUAACUGCUGCUCAGGCUCUAUCUCAUCCAUGGGUUAGGGAAGGAGGAGAGGCUUCAGAGAUUCCUAUUGAUAUAUCUGUCCUUAGCAACAUGCGGCAAUUUGUGAAAUUUAGUCGGUUGAAACAAUUUGCACUUAGGGCACUAGCUAGCACACUUAAUGAAGAAGAGUUGGCUGAUCUCAGAGAUCAAUUUGAUGCAAUUGAUGUGGACAAAAGUGGUGCUAUUAGUCUAGAAGAGAUGAGACAUGCUCUUGCUAAGGAUAUCCCUUGGAGGUUGAAAGAUUCCCGUGUUCUUGAGAUAUUACAAGCGAUAGAUAGCAACACAGAUGGGCUUGUCGAUUUCUCCGAGUUUGUGGCUGCUACAUUACACGUACAUCAAUUGGAGGAGCAUGACUCAGACAAGUGGCUUCACCGGUCACAAGCUGCUUUUGAGAAAUUUGAUAUAGACAAGGAUGGCUAUAUUACUCCAGAAGAACUUAGAUUGCAUACGGGCUUACGAGGAUCCAUUGAUUCGCUACUUGAGGAAGCUGAUAUUGACAAGGAUGGAAAAAUCAGCCUCCCAGAGUUUCGAAGACUCCUUAGAACUGCAAGCAUUAGUUCACAAACUGUGACAACCCCACGGAAGAUGUUAGAUUAGAACUGCUUCAGAUGAAAGGUUAGUACGCAAGGGUGGUGCUGCGGUGGAGUUCUUUGGUGCAGAUUCUCCUCAAGCCUUGAUAUCUUUCUCUGGCCAUUCAAUGACACUCAAAGUGCAGCUAGUCGAUGCCGAAUCCUACGGAGUCCAUGUAGCUGGCCAUUCAUAUCGUCCAGAGGUGUUUGCAGAGUUUGGGUAGGUAGAGUUUAUCUGGGCCUUCGUCGUAGACUGGCUUUCGGACCAAUCUCUCCUAUGUACAUUUUGGAAUUUGAGGGCUUUCUUGGUUGUGCCAUUCGAGUGAUGCGCUAAGUGUAACUAUAAAUAAACAAAAGAAAAAUGUUAGUUGAGUUCAGUUGUCUUCCUAUUGCCACCUCUUAAUUUUAUUGUAUAUCCAUAUAAAUGGAAUGGACGAUUGAGCUUAUAUUAACCUUGGCAUCCAACUUA